UGUUAACCUGUAAAUACCGUCCAGCCACGCUCGUACUAAUUCUGCGUUGUAAGAUACUCUUUUCUCAAGUUUGCAGUAAUAAUAAAUCUUGGGUUACGCUCAGAUAAUAUUCCUGCGGUUGAUGAAUUGCAAUAUCAAAGAAUGACGCAUAACGUGUCCCUCCACAAAUGGCCUUGCUUAGAAGGUUAGAUAUCACAGUCGAUUCUUAUAUGAAAGACCGUGGACCGUUACAACAGUGUACAUACAGUCAGCAUCUAGAAUAGUGUCAUGGUGUGACAACGAUGACAGAAACUGUAUUCCUCACUGACGAGUCCAGUACUAAAGUUAAUAUGUGGGGUGGCUUUCGUUGCAACAAGAGUUUCCUAAUAUUGUUCCUGAUUCAUGUGAUCGCGUUUCAAAGUUUCAUAUAUUACCAGGAGCAUCACAAAUGGCAAGAGCUAAGAGAUAAACUGGAAUCGAUGAUCGUCGAGCAACGAGAUGUAUACGGUCUAACGUACAGUAUAAUGAAGAGAUUGGAAGGGCAUGGGGUACGUAAUGGAAUCAAGCAGGAGCCAGCCGACAGGCCUACGAUUUACGCGAUCACCCCAACGUUCACUAGGCCUGUGCAAAAGGCCGAAUUGACCCGAUUGUCACAAACAUUUCUACACAUACCAAACUUCCAUUGGAUCCUCGUCGAAGAUUCCGAGAAAAAGACGAAAUUAGUUACGCGGUUCUUAGAGAACAGCAGUUUAAUUUAUACUCAUUUGGCAGCGUUUACACCGCCUAAUUAUAAGCUGGGUCGAAAUGAUCCGAAUUGGAAGAAGCCACGUGGCGUUGAACAAAGAAACGCAGCGUUACGCUGGCUUCGAGAGAAUACGAAAUCAACCGACAAAGGGGUAGUGUAUUUCGCUGACGAUGACAAUACGUAUUCUAUUAAAUUGUUUCACGAGAUGGAGAAGAUACAAAAGGUCGGUGUGUGGCCGGUCGGCCUGGUAGGUGGUUUAAUGGUGGAGAAACCGAUAUGUGAUAACAUUACUAAUAAGGUAAUCGGUUUCAACGCUGCCUGGAAGCCGGAUCGUCCGUUUCCAUUGGACAUGGCGGGCUUUGCGAUCAAUCUACGGCUUUUAUUAGAAAAUAAAGAUGCUCUCUUUUCCUAUGAUAUCCAAGGUGGUUACCAAGAAAGCGAAAUACUCAGACAAAUUGUCACUAGGGACGAAUUGGAACCAUUAGCAGAUUGUUGCACUAAGGUGUACGUGUGGCACACACGAACCGAACCACCGCAGUUAAUCGUGGAACAAUUAUUAAUAAAGAAAGGUAAACGAUCGAACGUAGACAUCGAAGUCUAAUAACAAUACCAAAUUGUUAUUUGCCACGCUUCGCGAUCGUCGAACAAAAUUUAUGCCAUAAUGGAGUAACGUGAAUCUUAAAUUUUGCAAUAAUGAACUCGACGGAGCAACGAUUUUUAUAUACGCUUUUCUGUCAUUUGCAACAUGGCUACGUAGUCAGUUGAAUGAAAAUAAUAACGCAGUGCUAUAACGCGUAGUAGCUUAUAUGUGCAUACAUGAUAAGGACUUUUAUUAAGGCGAUAUUGCUCGAUUCAUGGUUUAACGUGAUUAUCGAUAGUAUGCUUGAUCAAUAUGGCUGAAAUACUAUAAUUAACACGUGGAUCUUUUUAGACCUGGAAUGUUUUCAAAUAUUCCUUUUGAAUAUUCAAUUUAUUUAAAUUUUAUCUUCUCUUAACAAAAUUUAAAAAAUGGGAUAAUCAUGCUUUGCAAGAAACAAUUAUUCAAGGUUACAAUACAAUGUAAAUGUAAUUAUAUAAAUAAGAUGUGGGUCUAAGAAGACCCAGUGUGACCGCCAUGCGAGUGUUUAAUAUCGUUUUACCUGUUCGAAUCAAAAUUUGUUAUUUUUUAUAUGCCUGUUAGUACAAGGCCCUUCUUUACACGAUAAAUCAUGUUUUAUUAUCCUUUCAAAGGUUGUAACGAAAAAUGUAACGUUUGAAUAAAGGAAAGUUUUAAA